AUGUCCACACAAACCCUCCCAAUCAACACCCAACACUGCCGCUUCUGCAACCACCUCCUCCUCGCAACAACCCGCACCCUCAGCACCCUCCCCCGACGCAGCACACCAGGAGCAGACGCAUCCCUAAUCCUACCACUCGAGAAACUACACACCUCCAACGAACAACAGCCCGACUCCACCACCACCACAAGCAAACACGUCACACUCCUCCUCUCAACGACGAUACCAGAUCGGCGGGCGACGCUAAUCCGGCGCGAAGACGGGAUCGAGAAGAGGAUUUUACUGCGGUGUGGACGGUGUAGGGUUGUUGUGGGGUAUUAUCUUGAUCGGGUUCAUUGGGGGGAGAGUGGGAAGGGUGGUAGCCAGGGUCAAGGUCAGACAGGAGAAGGGGAGGGGGAGGGGGAGGGGGAGGGGCAGGACGGAGAGGAGAGACCGCCGGCGAUGUAUGUGUUACCUGGUGCAUUGGUGGAGACGGAGGAGAUGGGUGGGGAGGGAGUUGGGGAGAAGGAGUGGAGGGUUUGGGGCGGGGAUGCUUGA